GUUAAAUUGCUGUGACAUUUUAUGUAAUAUUUUCGAUUGAUAGCUUUGAAUGUCUUCAAUUUAUCUUGAGCACACGUAUUUUCUUUCGCAUAGGCGAAGUAAGCCGUUUGAGGUGAUAGUCGGAUUGGACCAUCGUGGAGAAGCCUUCGGUGAAUUGUAUUGGGAUGACGGUGAUUCCAUUGGAACGUGGGAGAAAAGAUUCUUUAAUCUCAUAGAAUUCCGAGUGAAGGAUCAAAAGCUGAGAGCAUCCGUGAACAAAUGGGGAUACGAGUCGACCAUGAAUCUCUCCAGGGUAUCCAUUUUUGGGGUAACUGUACGUUCGGAAUCUGCGAAUGUAACGCGUGUUGUUGUGAACAAUGGUACUGCAAAUUGUCCCGGUCGUCUUCCUUCGUCCUGUUUAUCUCUGCUGAAAGCCUGUUGGCGUCGUUUCUUUCCUUCUCUCCUGAUGCUGAUGCUGAUGCUGAUGCACGCAGCAGCACUCGAAUUCGGUUCUGCUGAUUACGAGCCCUGA